AUUGAUAUCCCAUCUGUACACAGUGUGCACGCCAUCCAUCCAUUUGCCAUCCAUUGUCGGCCAUUGACAUGCACCACAAGCCCCCCAACCGCCCAACAGCCACACACAAAGCAAACCAUCAAAACACAAACACGCACAUGGGCGCAUUCCUGGCUUGCUCAUGCAUCCAUGCAUGUUUGUGGGUCACUCAAUGUCGCUGGUGUCACUGCCUCCAGCGGAUGAGCCCCCCUCGUCCGUGUCUCGCUCCUCGGGGCGCUCCGGCACACACUGGGGGAAGUAGAGCCUUAGGAGUGCCACACACUGCACCACGCCAUACGUAGGGGGGGCAAAGUGUGGCGUGAACGGUUGGCUUUAUUGCUGACCCAUCGGUCGAGCCCUUCCGUGCCGUGCAGCGCCAGAUGUCGCAUCUUGGCCACGCCGCCAGCCUGUCGUUUCCGCCCCCAUACGCAGACACCCCAUGAGCCAGACCGUCUUGCCCUCAAUUGUGUCUCCUCCCUGCCCUCAUGGUGACUGACAGACCUGGUGGACGAGGUCAGAGUAGGGGUUGUUCACGAGGCCGUCGGCCGCCUGCUUCUGCUCACCCACACUGCAUACACACAUGGAUGGGCAACAACACAGCCACACAAUGCAUUAAUGGAUGCCGCCCGUUGUGCGUGUGAUCUAUGUGCUGCCUGACCGACGGCAGAAUGCCAUUGAGUGUCCUCAGAGCCAGGCGGACCUCCCCAUGUUCGUUGCUGUACAGCACGGCACAGAGAGGGCCGAUGCACCCACACUCAACGACAUACUCGCCCUGCAGGCCCGUACAAGAGACAGAGACGCGCAUCCAUCCCUGUUUGUCUCCUUAGCUAAGGAUUUACCUGUGCCUGUGAUCCCUUUGACGUGAUGUUGUACAGUGCCAGCGCUGCUUCGCCCUUACUGCCCGACAGCCGCUCAAUCAAGACAGGCACCAAGCCCUCAUCAAUCACAGACUGAAUGGCACCGUGCAGACCUGCAGGAACACAUAUAAAAUGUACCCACAGAUGGGACGCGUUGUAUCCCAUACCUGUAUCUGCGAUUGCGGCCACAGUAAAUGAUGCCUCCUUGGAUAUGAGCGGAUUGGCCGACGCCAACAUCGCCUUGAGCUGGGCUAUGUGCUCCAAAAGGACACCAACAAAAUGACGAUAGUCCCCACCUGUCAACGAAGUAACAAAUGUCAAAGAACUGACUCCGUGCCACGUGCUCUUAUUCUUCAGCCCUCUGACCCUCGAUGAGGCGCCCUAGGAGGCGCCGGGUUGUCCGCAGAACAAGCGCUUGUACACAGUACCCCCCCAGGUACUCGCAGCGGGACGGCAGGUGUGGCAGGAAGGGUGGCAGAUGACGAGACAUGACAGAGCCCAAUCGCAUGACCUCCAUGAGCAAAGGAAAACCCUGGCCCUGGCUUUCUGCAGUAUCGAUGAGGACGCAAAGAGUCAGCAGCGCCAUUUGCAGCAGGGCCCGGUCUUGAUCAGCUGUCUCGACCAGCAUCACCAGCACACGCACACACUCUGCCACCAGCCAGAGGGGCAGCAGCGGGUUUCUGCUCAAUAGAAGCAUCAGCAGCGCAACGCAGUGCUGGGGGACCCCGAUUUGCCUUUUGGUCUUGCUACGCAGCCUCUCCAGCAGUGGCUCAAUCACGCCCGUCUCCAGAAUGGCUUCGCACGCCGCUGCCGAGUGACUGGCUAUGUACACCAAGAAGGUGGCAACAUGAUGCACCAGGGUCAAGUCAGCGCUGGACGCCAACACCUUGACCAGGACGGGAAUAGCAUCGGCGUCCAUCAGCGAUUGGACGGCAACGCCUUCCGAUGCUGAAUGGGAAAGCCGUCGGGAGAUCUCGGUGGCGGCAAGGAUAGCGAACAGCGGCUGUCGGCUUAUGCUUCGCAGCAGCCCGCAGAGGGGCUCACGGCGGAGAGACCAUCGAAGGACCGCCGCCACUGCGGCGAAUGCCGCCACCACCAAGAGCACCACGGUGAAGAACCAGCGUGAAGAACCAGCGUGAAAGAUACAGGAGGAAGGGACCGCACGGGCUGCAUGUCAGGCCCAUCGCGGCGAGCGCAACCACAAGACAGCGGCGCCAUGGCCAGCCCCACCAUAAACUCAUCGUUUCUGAUUCGGAUGCAUCCAACUUGAA